AUGGCACCCCCGGCCGCGACCUUUCACCUCGAUGUCGAGGCCAUCUCUGGCAUUUGCGGAUCCAUCUCCAUUGCUUGCUGGGUCGUCGUCUUCUCUCCCCAGAUCAUCCAAAACUUUCAGCGCGGCAAUGUCGAUGCCCUGUCGAUCCAAUUCAUCAUUGUAUGGCUGCUCGGCGAUGUCUUUAACAUUAUCGGCGCCGUUAUGCAGGGCGUCUUGCCCACCAUGAUUAUCCUCGCCAUCUACUAUACCCUGGCCGAUAUUGUACUGCUCUUGCAGUGCUUUUACUACCGCGGAUUUACCUGGAAAGACCCUGCGCCCGCCCCCAAGCCCAACCACCGACCGAACGAGCGAACUGCCCUCCUCGACGCACCACAAGAACGCAGAGGGUCCGACUGGACUGGGUUCUCACCGGCUGUGCCACAUAUUGGGGAAGCGUCGAAGGAGCCGCAGCCUGCCCCGACGGUGUUUCAAACUAUUCUGUGGAACUCGUUGAUUGUGCUCAUGGUCUGUGCAGCCGGUGUGCUGGGCUGGUUCCUGGGCGAGCGUGCCAAGGGCCCGCGGGAGGGCAAGCCGGAACACAGCAACGACUCGCUCCAUUUCAACAAAGUCGGCCAGUUCUUUGGGUACCUAUGCGCCGUGGCGUACAUUGCGUCCCGCAUGCCCCAGUUGAUUCUCAACUACCGCCGCAAGACGACGGACGGCCUGAGCAUGCUCUUCUUCCUGUUUGCUUGCCUGGGUAACAUUACCUAUGUGCUGUCCAUCUUUGCCUUUGAGCCCAAGUGCGGUGAGAGGCGCUGCAAGCACGGCGAGGCCGAGCAGAUCUACGGCAGAUACAUGCUUGUCAACCUCAGCUGGCUCGCCGGCGCUCUCGUGACACUCUUUAUGGACUUUGGCGUGUUUGCUCAGUACUUUAUUUAUAGGACGAAUGACGACGAGCAGUACGUGCCCGAAGACGAAGAAGAGCGCGUAGCAGAGAGUGCCCACGCCAAUGGUCACAGCAUCAGCAACGACAGCGGACAGCAGGCGGAGACUUGGGACCAACGACCUCUGCUGCAGCGCAACGACUCGAAUCACCGCUGA